AGGCAGCUUCUUCCUGCGCCUUCCCUUCCCUGGCUCCGGGCCAGCUCGGCCACCCCUCCCAGCAGGAGGCCUCCCUGUCCCCCAGACGUCCCAAGCCAGGGAAUAAACAGCAGAUAAGUCAGGGAGGGGACCAAACGGGCCUGCGGGGCGCUGGAGGGCAGAUAAAACCCGAGGCUAGGAGCAGCCCCUGCGCAUAGCCCUUCCAGCCCCUGGGUGCUUCGGGAGCCGGUACAGCGAGCCCGCGCCCCAUGUGGCAGCGCCCCACGUGCUGGCCCCGUCCCCCUCUCUCCCUUCCCGAGGGGCCGCCCGUGAUCGCUGCCCGCGCCCGCAGGUCGAGCACGGAGCUGCGCAAGGAGAAGUCGCGGGAUGCGGCUCGCAGCCGGCGCAGCCAGGAGACCGAGGUGCUGUACCAGCUGGCGCACACGCUGCCCUUCGCGCGCGGGGUCAGCGCCCACCUGGACAAGGCCUCCAUCAUGCGCCUCACCAUCAGCUACCUGCGCAUGCACCGCCUCUGCGCCGCAGGGGAGUGGAGCCAGGUGGGAACAGGGUUGGAGCCGCUGGACGCCUGCUACCUGAAGGCCCUGGAGGGUUUCGUCAUGGUGCUCACGGCCGAGGGAGACAUGGCUUACCUGUCGGAGAACGUCGGCAAACACCUGGGCCUCAGUCAGCUCGAGCUCAUUGGACACAGUGCCUUUGACUUCAUCCAUCCCUGUGACCAAGAGGAGCUUCAGGAUGCCCUGACCCCCCGGCACAGCCUGUCCAGAAGGAAGCCGGAGGCCCUCACCGAGCGCUGCUUCUCCUUGCGCAUGAAGAGCACCCUCACCAGCCGCGGGCGCACCCUCAACCUCAAGGCGGCCACCUGGAAGGUGCUACACUGCUCUGGACACCUGAGGGUCUACAAGCCCCCCGCACAGCCUUCCUCAGCCGGGAGCCCCGACCUCGAGCCCCCCCUGCAAUGCCUGGUGCUCAUCUGUGAAGCCAUCCCCCACCCGGACAGCCUGGAGCCCCCGCUGGGCCGGGGGGCCUUCCUUAGCCGCCACAGCCUGGACAUGAAGUUCACCUACUGCGAUGAGAGGAUUGCUGACGUCGCUGGCUACAGCCCCGAUGACCUGAUCGGCUGUUCCGCUUACGAGUACAUCCACGCGCUGGACUCUGAUGCCAUCGGCCGGAGCAUCCACACCUUGCUGAGCAAGGGACAGGCAGUAACCGGGCGGUAUCGCUUCCUGGCACGGAGUGGUGGCUACCUGUGGACCCAGACCCAGGCCACAGUGGUGUCAGGGGGCCGGGGCCCCCAGUCUGAGAGUAUCGUCUGCGUCCACUUCCUGAUCAGCCGGGUGGAAGAGACCGGAGUGGUGCUGUCCCUGCAGCAAACGGAGCGACGACGUUCUCGCAGACCCCUGCAGCCGGCCACCCCCUCUCAGAAGGACACCCCCAACCCUCGGGCCAGCCUUGACGUCUCUGGUCCCCGGAUCCUGGCCUUCCUACACCCCCCUGCCCUGAGCGAGGCCACCCUGGCCGCUGACCCCCGCCGCUUCUGUAGCCCUGAUCUCCGUCGCCUCCUGGCACCUAUCCUAGAUGGGACUUCGGUAGCUGCCACCCCCAGCGCACCCUCAGCCACACGGCGCCCCCCGAGCCCCCUUCCGGCUGAUCUCCCAGAUGAGCCACCUGUGGACAUGGAGAAUGCACACAAAGUCUUGGCCUCUGGGAGAGAGCUUGAGGCAGCGGAGACAGAUCUAGCCAGAGCUCAGGACAGCGAUGCCCUGGAUUUGGAGAUGCUGGCCCCCUACAUCUCCAUGGAUGAUGACUUCCAGCUCAACUCCAGUGAGCACCUGCCCAAGCUCUACCACAGACCUCUGGGGGUUGCCCCCCGGCCUCGUGCUCAGAGCUUCCACGGCCUGUCUCCCCCAACUCCUGAGCCCUCCCUGCUGCCCCGCUGGGGGAGUGACCCCCGGCUGAGCUGCUCCAGCCCUUCCAGAAGGGACACCUCCGCCCCAUCCAUGGCUGGGGCUCGGAAGAGGACCCUGGCCCGGAGCUCAGAGGAUGAGGCCGAGGGGGCAGAGCUGCUGGGGGUGAGACCCCCUAAACGGUCCCCCAGCCUAAGACCCGAAAACUUCCUACUGCCUCCUCUCAGCCUGAAUUUCCUCCUGGCAGGACCAGCCCCGGGACGGCAGCAGAAUCCCAGCACCCACCUCCUGGAACUGAAUGAGCCCCUGGGCCUGGGCCCUUCACUGCUCUGUCUCUACCCGGAUGAGGACGCCACCCAACGCAAAAGCCGCUUCCAGCCGGUGACAAGCUUGACCCAGGCCCACUGAGCCAGCUCCUCUUCCCAUCUCUCUUCUUCCCAGAAAGGACCUCACCCACUCUCCAAGCUGGCAGCCAAGGCACAGUGGCCCCUGCCCACCUCGGGCCUACCUCAGUCGUCGCCCCGUCCCCCUCCCCCAUCCGGGGGCUCUUUGGGGUGGUCUCAGCUCAGUGACCUCUGGGAGGGGGUCUCCGGCCCCUUCCUCCUGUCUCUCAGGACUUCCCUUGGGGUUCUUCAUACUGGUUACCUCAUUUCUUUCUCCAACUCUCCUGGCUUCAUUUUGGGUAACUAGGGGUUGGGAUCUGUGUUUCUAGGCCCUGGAGUGUUUUGAUAACCAUAAUCAAUCACAUUUCUUCCCAUCUAUCUUUCUUCUAUUAUUGCUCCUAUUUUUUGUUUUUCAUGCUGUUUUUAAUUGCUAUGAAUCGCCGGGAGUCCAUAAGAAUGUGGAACUCUGAUCUUCACACCCCCACUCAGGUGUCAAUGGGGAGGGGAGCCUCUGGGCCAGACCUCCCCGCUACCCAGCGACUUCUCAUUGAGCCCUUAGCCUCCCAAGCAGACACCCAGCUCUGCCGACCUGGCUACCUCCUCCGCUCUGGACUCCUGUGGCCCCCAGCCUUGCCUGGACACUGACUUUACUCUUGAAUCUCCUAUUCCAGGUGUAGCCUCCAACUUCCUCUAAUUGGCUGCUUCCUACAAUACAACCUCCAGCCUCCCUUUGGUUCCAGGCUGUGCAACCUCAGACCUUUCUGGUUCUGGACUGCACAACUCCCUACCUUCCGUUUCUAGACGGCACAACCUCCAACGUGGUCUGGUGGAGACCUAGCACUCUCCAAACCCCUCUGACUCGAGAUCUCACAGUCUUCUGCUUUCUCCUUCCGGACUUCAUGACCUCCAGCUCUAUUUUCAUCAGAAGUUGUCUGAUUCUAGACCUCACACCCUCUAACUCCCUCUGGCUCCAGAACCUCUGACCAUCGGAAUCCUCUGGUUCUAGAACCCAAUCUCUUUCUCUGGUUCUAGACCUCUCCCUGUAAACUCCUUUGUUCUAGAUGUCACUCUCUCCCAUUCCUGCUGGUUCCAGAUCUUACAACCGAGUGUUUUUCUCUGAUUCUGGACCCCACAACCCCAUGCUUCCUAUUGGCUCUGCUCUUCCUAAUCUGGAACACAUCUGGUUCCAAAUCCAGACUUUCUAAUCUCUAAAUCCCAUGAUUCCCAGCUCAUUCCUUUAAACUUCGUACACUCAAGAUCUGCUUUUCUCAUCAAAAAGGAGAAAACUGAGUUCUAUGUCUUUUUAAAAAAUAUAUAUUUUUAUUGAUUUCAGAGAGGGAGAGGGAGAGAUAGAAAUAUCAAUGAUGAGAGUCAUUGGCUGGCUGCCUCCUGCAUGCCCCACACUGGGAAUCAAGCCCACAACCUGGGCAUAUGCCUUGAUUGGGAAUCGAACCGUGACCUCCUGGUUCACAGGUGGACAUUCAACCACUGAGGCAUGCCGGCUAGGCUCUAUGUCUUGAUCUAAUAACCAAUACCUCCAAAACCGGACACCAUGCUGUAGUUCUUUUUUAUUCUAGAUCUUAUGACCUCUACUAUUCACUGGUUCUAGACCACACAACCUCUAGACUUGCAAUUUCCAGGGCCCUCUGAUUCUAGAUCUGAUUAUCUCCCUUUUCUCUGGUUCUAGAACUUGGCCUCAAACGUGUCUGAUUCCAAACCUCAUACUAUAGUCCCUUGGUCCUAGACCAUCUCUAAUUUCUUCUCACUCCAGAUCUUGUUACUCCAAAUUACCCUGAGUUAGAACCCAGCCUUCAAACAUCUUCUGAUUAUAGAACUUGCCUUAUAAAUUUCUCUGGUUCUAGACCUUACAACGCCCAACUCUUGAUUCUAGAUCAUAUGACUGCAAAACCCCUCUAGAACUUGGUCUUCAGGCUUUUUCUAAUUCUAGUCCUUACUCUAUAAAUUCCUCUGGUUCUAGGUCUCACAGCUGCCAACUGCCUCUGGUUUCAGAUCCAAAUUCUUCUGGUUCUAGAACUCAGCCUUCAAAUGCUUCUGAUUCUAGAAUCUGAACCUCACCCUAUAGAUUCCUCUAGUUCUGAAUCUUACAACUCCUGACUCCCUGAUUCCAGACUCCAACCACCUAACUUUAUUUUGGCCUUCUCACUCCACUCAACUUGCCCCAAUUCCUACUCUCUUUCUUGUUUUUAAUCCUCACCUGAGGAUAUUUUUUCCAUGGCUUUUCAAAGAGUGGGAGGGACAGAGGAGAGGGAAGACAGACUCAAUGCGAGAGAGACACAUUGACUGGUUACCUCCUGCACGUGCCCCUGAGCAAACCUGCAACCCAGGUAACUUGCCCUUGACCAAGAAUCAAACCUGAACCCCAGUCUGGCUGGUGUGCCCCAGUGGUUGAGCGUCAAUCUAUAAACCAGGUCACAGUUCGAUUCCCAGGUUGCGGGCUCGAUCCCCGGUGUGGUGCAUGCAGGAGGCAGCCCAUCAGUGAUUCUCUCUCAUCAUUGAUGUUUCUAUCUCUCUCUCUCCCUUUCCCUCUCUGAAACCAGAACCCCUUAGGUGCCUGGCUAGUGCCCUAACCACUGAUCCCACCGGCCAGGACCCCACUCUCUUUAAGUCUUCCCAUUCAAGGUCCCUGUCGUCCAGGUGUCUCUUCUCAUGGACUUCAUGCUCAAACCUUGCCAUUCUCAAUCUCAUAUCCUUAAAUUUUCUCUACUCCCCACCUCAGCCUCCCAGAUAUGCAUUUACUUUUAUUUUACCCCAGGUAUGUGGGGAACCUAGGGCUCCCUCACCCUCUGUGGGGGAUUCACAAUCCAGGAGACCUCCCCAGCCGCACAGGCACACGCACAGCCCUAUCCAAACAUCUCGAGGUGGGGUGUGAGGCCAAGACUCCUCAGUUCUCUGCCACCACUCAUGUGUCCCUAGACCCCCUCCUACGCUGGUGCUACUCUUGGCUUUCCACGGGAAAGGCCUUCCUCUCUCAGCCCAAUUCACCCCCUUUGGGAAGGGCACACUUUUCACUUUGUGCUUUUUGUUUUUCAGGGAAUUGCCUGUCCAGAUGGGUGCUAUAGGGGGAGAAGGGUCUCCCUCACCCCUCCCUCCCACAGGGCCCUCAAUGAAUAAAACUGUGCUAGGCUGGGGGAUGGGGAGGGACUGGCCCGGCCACACUGGCUCUGGAACCCACUCAUCUCCAUACCAUCAUAAAGACCUCGCCUUGGAAGGCACCAGAA